CAAUGGUCGUCGUCCUGACAUUACUCGGCAGAUUCCUCAAACGGGAGGUGCAAUGAAGGCGGGGGCAUCGUCCAUGUGGGCGUCAUGCUGCGGGCUGCUGAACGAGGUGAUGGGCACGGGCACGGUGAGGGCGCAGCAGCCGGGGUUUGGAGCGGGGGCGGGGCCCUUCCGCUUCGCCCCCAGCGCUGGGUACUCCACCUACCCCCCCACCAGCUCAGGGAGCGCCGGGCAGCUGUGCAAGGCCUGCGGACUGGCCUUCUCCGUCUUCAGACGCAAGCACAUCUGCUGUGACUGUAAGAAGAGCUUCUGCGCCCUGUGCUCAGUGCUGCAGGAGAACCUGCGCUGCUGCACGACCUGCCACCUCCUGCGCGGCACGGCCUUCCAGCGGCCUCGGCUCAUGCAGCUCCGAGUGAAGGACCUGCGCCAGUACCUGCUGCUGCGCAACAUCCCCACCGACACAUGCAGGGAGAAGGAGGACCUGGUGGACCUGGUGCUCUGCCAUCAGGGCACGAGGGAGACCCCGAGAGCGGCGGUGGUGGAGGAGGACGAAGAGGAGGACGAGGAGGAGGAAGAGGAGGAGGAGGAGGAGGAAGAAGAAGGAGAGGACACGCAUGAGGAGGAGGAGGAAGAGGAGGAGGAGGAGGAGGAGGAAGAUGAAGGGGGAGACGACACCGACAGUCUGCACUCGCUCCCCCACUCACGUGCCGCCUCGCCUCCUUCUGCGACGCGCUCCACCUCUGAACAGUCGGUCCUGUCCGCCUCUCAGGGAGAAGUGCUCAGCCCAAGUGACAGCUCAGGGACCACCAGCCAGGAGCAUGAGGAUACUCCAACAGCGUCCCUCUUGAACCUGGAGCCCACUGAAAACAUCAUAGAGGUCAGCCCGGCGACUCAGAGGAGGAUCAGGGCCUCGCUGUCUGAUCUCGACAAUGAAGAGGCGAUAGAAAACCUCUCCGUCCGCCAGCUCAAAGAGAUUCUCGCCAGGAACUUUGUCAAUUACUCUGGCUGCUGCGAGAAGUGGGAGCUGCUGGAGCGAGUGCACCGGCUCUACAGAGAGAACGAGCAGAACAGGAAAUCCAUGGAAAACGUGAGCAUAACUGCAGUGGUUGCAUAUCCUCCACCUCUCUGCAACACUAGCGUUGGAGAUGGCGUCAAAGCUCAGCUGGCGGCCGACGAGAACCUGUGUCGCAUCUGCAUGGACGCCAUCAUUGACUGCGUGUUGCUGGAAUGUGGCCACAUGGUGACCUGUACCAAAUGUGGGAAGAGGAUGAGCGAGUGCCCCAUCUGCAGGCAGUACGUAGUACGGGCCGUGCAUGUCUUCAAGUCUUAAAAACUUUGUGUGUGCGUGUGUCAAGAGCGGCCCUCAGGCGUGCGCGUGGCCCGAGCCCUGAAUUUAUCACUGAGGAUGAACUGCUGUGCAUGACGUCUCCCAGGGUCUAAUGCUGCAGCAGGCGUGAGCAACUUCCCGGUCUUUCAAACCAGACUGUUGCCUCUGGCCUACCACGGUUUGCCCCCCCCCACCUUACUAACUCAUAUCCCACUUCUCCUCCCUGGUGGACCGUCAUCAGCCACACCGGGACACUCACUCUUUCUCUCUUUGGUCUGUUCAACACACAGCGGAAACCCCUGCCAUCACUUUCUACUCUCCGUUCUGUUUAGGUUCUACUCACAGGAGAGAACUCGGAGGGGUUGGUCGUGUGGAUACUUGAAGCUGGAUCGGCUUUGUUGUUGUUUGUGAAGAAGAGGAAGAAAGAAAAUUUAAAAAAUAUAUAAGAUUCCAGGGUUAGAGUCGAUAUGGUUUACACAGUCAUGCCACAUGACGCCGUGUUAUUUCCCUCAGUGUUCUUUAGGAUGUGCAAUAUCAGAAAAAAAACAGAUGUGUUUAAGAAACGCCGGAACAUGCACCGAGUCAUCUCGUCUCGCACACGGUAGGAGUGUGUAGGGUGCCAAAAAUCAUGCCUUCAGUGGAUAUUUGGUUACAGCAUCUCAUUUACCAGCAAGCUUGGUGUGACAGUUUACUCUCUUUUUUUUUCUUGAAUAAACUUAAGGAGAUCAAGUGUGUACAUGUAACCCAUUUAACACUUACUGACUGUGUGAAGGAUGCGAUUGUUUGUCCAUUUUCUCAUCUGAAAUGUCAGCUGCUUGUGUGCAGAUCCUGCUGCGUGAAAGUUUGUUCUGACACAAAAACACCUGAACUCAAGGCCCACUUUCAAGCAUUUUUUCCGGAGCUUUCAAACACAUUUUAGAUAGUUGGAAACAUUAAAACCUCCUGCCUGAUGUCAGUUUACCUACCAAAACAGACCUGACCCGCUGGAAGAAACUCCACAAGACUUAUGAAGGUUUUCCUGAGCAGAUCUUUUCAUUACUGGAAGUUAAGGUGGAGCUUCUAUGGAUUUUCCAGCACAUCCCAAAAAUGCUCAAUUUGAGAAAAGUUGGAGGUCAAGUCAACACCUUGGGCUCUUUGUCACGUUCCUCAAACCAUUCCUGAAUGUUUUUUACAGUGUAGCACGGUGCAAUAGAAAGAAACCACUGCCAUCGGGGGUGUUUAUGGUCUGGUACACUGUUUAGGUAGGUGUCAAAGUAAAAUCCACAGUUUCCCUCUC